AUGUCAUGCUCAGAUAUGUUAAGUAAAUACUCUAAAUGGUUGAAUGAGGAAGUUGAAAAUGGUAAUAUAGUCGUUUAUGAGUAUACACUGUUCAAUAAUAUUGAAGUUAUUGGAAGAGGUGGGUUUGGAUGCAUUAGUUCGGCUGACUACAAUGAAGGAAAAGUCGCAUUGAAAAACCUUAACACUAAAGAAGCGACAAAAGAGUUUAUCAACGAGCUUAAACAACUACGCACUAUUGAACUUCAUCCUAAUGUCAACCAAUUCUAUGGGAUUACAAUAGAUCCUGAAACAGAAUAUCUCCUAUUAGUAUUGCAGUUUGCCAAUGGAGGAACCCUGCGGCAAUAUUUGCAAAGCAAAUGGCAUAAAAAUACUUUUAAAAUUUCAAUAAAUGAAAUUAUCAAAAUUGCGAAACAAGUUACUCUUGG